GGAAGAGUAACGUCGUUUGCGAGAAUAAAAAGUACUACAUCCAUGGAAGACAUGCCCCGCGGGGAACUGAUUUCUGCUUUUCGCGAACUUACUGGGGAGGACGAAAAGGAAAUACUAGAUAUGGCGCAGAAAGAAGCGACAGAGGCGAACCUUCGACAUCUAUUACAUUAUACAAUCAUUCAGGCCAAUGAGGUUGGCCAGCCAGCCUCCCAGACCUUGCAACGUUUGGAAACGGAAGACGCUGUCAACGAAGAGCGUAAUGAUGAGGUGCCUCAGACUAAAAAAGCAAAAGUCUCAUCGGCAAGUGCAACUACCACCCAGACGACCGAGAAAGAAGUUGAAGCAAUAAAAGAAAAGGUGAGGCUUUUGGCCAACCAAAACAGCCCCAGUGAAGCCCUCAUUUUAUUAGCCUUGGAUGAGUUGGCCAAAACGUCUAGAUCGGCAAAAAUUGAUGAUGUUGAUAUAUACGAAGAACUGUAUAGACAAGCCUCGAGAAAUCAGGGGAAAAUUAACCUCGUUACUUUAGUCUUAAGUGUCAUGGGGGGUAAAGCCUCGGAUGUGGUGGGAAAAGCAUUGGUAAAAUCUAAAAAAGAACAAGAGGAGACUAAGGAAUCAGACAAAGAGAAGAAAUCGUCUUCCUCUCCCCUUCACAAUUUGUACUCUUCAUUCCCACCCAUGCCAUUAAUGAUGCCCUACCAACCCCAGGGAUAUAAUUAUGGAUAUAUGUUUAAUCCGAGUUAUCAGGGUUAUAGGCCAAAUAGGGGGCGACUGAACCAGGGUGGGUCAAAACCGAUAGGACCAUGCCUUUAUUGCGAGUCUAUGGGCCAUCUCAUCAAGGAUUGUAUGAAGUUUAAGGCGAUGAAGCAAAACAAGUAGUUUAAAUGAAGCAAGUGUGAAAUCUUUUUCCAGACUGAACAAUUACUUUCUUUUGUAUUUGUUAGUGAUACAUGAAAUAUCACAUGUAGAAGAUUUGUCAGUUUUAAAAAACAUUUGUCAUUUAUGU